AUGCUUCCAAGGCUGUACUCACAUCGAGCGUGCUACCGUGCACAAUCACUCACUUCUAGCUAUUUACAGCUCCGGAAGCGAAGCCUGUCUUCCGCCAAGACAAUAUCUUCAUCUCUAGUCCAAAAGUACGAGAUCAAUGCUGAUAUGGGUGAAGGCUUUGGUAGAUGGAAGUUGGGCCCUGACGAGGAUCUCAUGAGGUUCGUCGAUGCGGCAAAUAUCGCUUGCGGCUUUCACGCCGGAGAUCCUUCCAUUAUGCUCAGGACUGUACAACUCUGCAAAAAGCAUCGCGUCAAAGCGGGUGCACAUCCGGGCCUGCAAGACCUGAUUGGGUUCGGAAGAAGGAAGAUUGAGAUGAAUCUCGAUGACCUGCACGCAAUGAUUCUCUACCAAGUCGGCGCCUUGAAGGCGAUGUUGGAUGUCGAAGGCGUCGAGCUGUCUCACAUCAAACCUCAUGGUGAACUAUACUUUUAUAUGCAAAGAGAGGAGCCCGUCAUGCGUGCAGUGCUGGAAGCGUGCGCACCUUUCAAUGUCCCGGUUUAUGCAUGCAGGAACGAGAAACAGCAAGCCGUGUGCGAUCAUCUGGGAAUCCCAUUUCAACAGGAAGUAUAUGUCGACAUCGACUACUCUGCAAAGGGAGAGCUUCUUCCGGUGUCAAAGUCUAAACCUACAACGCCUGAAAUAUGUGCAUCUCGAUUUCGACUCAUGGCCGAACAGGAUCAGACGAGAGAUAUCGAUGACAACUUGAUCACACUUGGAUUCAAUGGAAAGCCAUUCAGCGUCUGCUUGCAUUCUGAUAUGCCUGGAGCUCUGGAAAAUGCCCGAAAAGUCCGCCAAGUGGUAGACGAAGUAAAUAGAAAUAAUGGCGUCAUCUGA